GGCGGGGGGGAUGCGGUGCAUACACAGCAGCGCCGUUUCCUGGUGAGCGCCCUCCACACACGCACACGCGCGGCCGGAGCGGGAGCAGGCGCAGGGCACAGGGAAAGAAGCUGUUUCUGCACCAUGGAAACUUCUACUGUGUGACCUUUGGUUUGGAAAGAAGGAAGAGUUUCUUAGCACAUCUGUCUUCUUAGAUCACUGUUUAUCCAGCCAAUUGAGAACGAUUUUGAGGGAAAACUGAAACAGCAAGAUAAAGUGACUUGCUGAAGAUCACACAGGAAGCAGAACUAGGAUCUGCACCCAAAUGGGUUUUCUCGUAUAACCAUGGCAAAACCAUAUGAAUUUAACUGGCAGAAGCCUGUUCCUUCCUUUAUGCAAGAUGGAGCUGUGUUUGACAGAUAUGAAGAGGAGUCCUUCGUCUUUGAAUCAAACUGCCUCUUUCAAGUGGAUGAAUUUGGCUUUUUCCUGAGGUGGAAAAGCGAAGGAAAGGAAGGACAGGUAUUAGAAUGCUCCCUGAUCAACAGUGUUCGUUUUGGAGCCAUACCAAAGGAUCCCAAAAUACUUGCUGCUCUCGAGGCUGUUGGAAAAGCAGAAAAUGAGCUGGAAGGGCGGACAGUGUGUGUCUGUAGUGGCACAGAUCUGGUGAACAUCAGCUUCACUUACAUGGUAGCAGAAAACACAGAAAUAGCUAAGCAAUGGGUAGAAGGGCUUGGAUCCAUCAUACAUAACUUCAGGGCUAACAAUGUCAGUCCGAUGACAUGUCUGAAGAAACACUGGAUGAAGCUGGCAUUUCUGACAAACACAAGCGGUAAAAUUCCUGUUCGGAGCAUUACCAGAACCUUUGCAUCAGGUAAAACGGAAAAGGUGAUCUUUCAGGCACUUAAGGAAUUAGGUCUUCCCAGUGGAAAGAAUGAUGAAAUUGAGCCUGCAGCAUUUACUUAUGAGAAAUUUUAUGAAUUGACGCAAAAGAUAUGUCCUCGUACUGACAUAGAGGAACUCUUUAGGAAAAUCAAUGGAGACAAAACUGAUUAUUUAACGGUAGACCAAUUAGUGAGCUUUCUAAAUGAACAUCAACGAGAUCCACGACUGAAUGAAAUUUUAUUUCCAUUCUAUGAUAUAAAAAGAGCAAUGCAGAUAAUUGAGACAUAUGAGCCAGAUGAAGACUUGAAGAGUAAAGGUGUCAUAUCAAGUGAUGGAUUUUGCAGAUACUUGAUGUCUGAUGAAAAUGCCCCAGUCUUUUUAGACCGCUUGGAAUUAUACCAAGAAAUGGAACAUCCUCUGGCUCACUACUUCAUCAGUUCCUCCCACAAUACAUAUCUAACAGGCAGGCAGUUUGGAGGGAAGUCUUCGGUAGAGAUGUACAGACAAGUGCUGUUGGCUGGAUGCAGAUGUGUUGAACUGGAUUGUUGGGAUGGGAAAGGUGAAGAUCAAGAACCAAUAAUAACACAUGGAAAAGCAAUGUGUACAGAUAUUCUUUUCAAGGAUGUGAUUCAAGCCAUUAAAGAAACUGCAUUUGUUACAUCGGAAUAUCCUGUCAUCCUUUCAUUUGAAAAUCAUUGCAGCAAAUACCAACAGUACAAGAUGUCAAAAUACUGUGAAGAUCUUUUUGGAGAUCUCCUGUUGAAGCAACCUUUAGAAACACACCCACUUGAACCAGGUAGACACUUACCUUCCCCUAAUGACCUGAAAAGAAAGAUCCUUAUAAAAAACAAAAGGCUGAAACCCGAAGUGGAAAAAAAACAAUUAGAGGCCUUAAAAAAGAUGAUGGAGGCUGGGGAAACAGCUGCUCCUGUGAGUAUCCUAGAGGAUGACAAUGAAGAAGAAAUAGAAAGUGUUGACCAAGAAGAAGAAGCUCAUCCAGAGUUCAAAUUUGGAAGUGAACUUUCUGCAGAUGAUUUGAGUCAAAAAGAAGUUGUUGCCAACAGCGUCAAAAAGGUUGUUGAAGAUUUGGAGCAAGAAAACAAUAAAAAGGGUGUGGUAACUGUUGAAGAUGAACAAGCAUGGAUGGCAUCUUACAAAUAUGUAGGUGCCACAACCAAUAUACAUCCUUACUUGUCGAUAAUGGUCAACUACGCACAGCCUGUAAAGUUUCAAGGUUUCGAUGUAGCAGAAGAACGCAAUAUUCAUCACAACAUGUCCUCUUUUAAUGAAUCAGUUGGACUUGGGUAUUUGAAGACUCAUGCAAUUGAAUUUGUGAAUUAUAAUAAACGACAAAUGAGUCGGAUAUACCCCAAGGGAGGCCGAGUGGAUUCCAGUAAUUACAUGCCUCAAAUUUUCUGGAACGCCGGCUGCCAGAUGGUCUCGCUGAACUAUCAGACCCCAGAUUUAGCAAUGCAAUUGAAUCAGGGAAAAUUUGAAUAUAAUGGAUCAUGCGGGUAUCUUCUUAAACCAGAUUUUAUGCGACGACCUGAUCGAACAUUUGAUCCUUUCUCUGAAACACCUGUAGAUGGUGUGAUUGCUGCAACUUGUUCAGUACAGGUGAUAUCUGGUCAGUUCUUAUCCGACAAGAAAAUUGGUACGUAUGUAGAAGUGGAUAUGUAUGGGUUGCCUACGGAUACUAUACGGAAAGAAUUUCGAACACGCAUGGUGAUGAACAACGGGCUGAAUCCUGUUUACAAUGAAGAAUCAUUUGUAUUUCGAAAGGUUAUUCUACCAGAUCUUGCCGUCUUGAGAAUAGCAGUUUAUGAUGACAACAACAAGUUGAUUGGUCAGAGGAUCCUACCUCUUGAUGGUCUUCAGGCUGGUUACAGACACAUUUCCCUCCGUAAUGAAGGCAACAAGCCACUAUCUCUACCAACAGUUUUCUGCAACAUUGUGCUCAAAACCUAUGUGCCUGAUGGUUUUGGAGAUAUUGUGGAUGCUUUGUCAGAUCCAAAGAAAUUUUUAUCUAUCACAGAAAAAAGAGCAGACCAGAUGAGAGCUAUGGGUAUUGAAACUAGUGAUAUAGCUGAUGUACCAAAUGACACCUCAAAGAACGAUAGGAAAGGAAAAGCUAAUAAUGCCAAAGCAAAUGUGACUCCUCAGAGUAGUUCUGAACUUAGACCAAGUACAACUUCUGGCCUGGGACCUGGAAUGGAAACUAAGAAAGGUAUAGAACUUAUUCCUCAAGUGAAGAUAGAAGAUUUAAAGCAAAUGAAGGCCUACAUAAAACAUUUAAAGAAACAGCAGAAAGAACUGAGUGCUUUAAAGAAGAAACAUUCAAAGGAGCACAGCGCUAUGCAGAAGUUGCACUGCACACAAAUUGACAAAAUAGUGGCACAGUAUGAUAAAGAAAAGUUAUCUUACGAGAAAAUGUUAGAGAAGGCAAUCAAGAAGAAGGGAGGCAAUAAUUGUCUUGAAUUGAAGAAAGAAACCGAAAUUAAAAUUCAGACGUUAACGUCAGAUCACAAAUCUAAGGUAAAAGAAAUUGUGGCACAACAAACUAAAGAGUGGUCAGAAAUGAUCAACACGCACAGUGCCGAAGAGCAGGAAAUUCGUGAUUUACAUUUGAACCAGCAGUGUGAGCUACUGAAAAAACUGCUGGUGAAUGCUCAUGAGCAACAAACCCAGCAGCUAAAGCUAUCUCAUGACAGGGAAAGCAAGGACAUGCGUGCCAACCAAGCCAAAAUUUCUAUGGAAAACAGCAAAGCCAUAAGUCAAGAUAAAUCUAUCAAAAAUAAAGCUGAAAGAGAGAGGCGAGUAAGGGAAUUGAACAGCAGCAACACAAAAAAGUUCCUGGAGGAAAGGAAGCGGCUGGCAAUGAAGCAGUCAAAAGAAAUGGAUCAACUGAAAAAGGUUCAGCUUGAGCAUCUAGAAAUUCUGGAAAAGCAGAACGAGCAGCUUUUGAAAUCCUGUCAUGCAGUGUCUCAAACACAAGGCAAAGGAGAUGCAGCAGAUGGUGAAGCUGGAAGCAGAGAUGGACCGCAGGCCAGCAACAGUAGUCUGAAACUCCAGCAUGCAAACUGAAUUUAAAAAAUUGAGCAACCUUAAAAUACCAGAGCAAAAAUAAUGCUCCGUUGUGGAAGAUAGAAAGGAUUUUUUUCCCUUUUUCCCUUCUUUUAAAACAAUGUGUAGCCAUAGACAGCCAGUCUUAAGGUUUUGAAUUUCCUUUUUAUCAUAAUGGAUUUCCGUUGUUAAAUUUUCCUUUCUGGUUUCCUUUGAUAAGGAAAAUACUAUCCAAAAAAAGGCACAGAGCAUUUUAAAGCCCAGGUCUUCGCACUUAUUUCUGAGGAAAAGCUCCCAUUCAUUUCAGUGGGAUUUUGCCCGCAUUGGAAUGACAAGAUCAGGGCCUUAAAACCAGCAUCCAUUUUGUUGUUGUUGUUAUUUUAACAUCAUGUUAGAAGAUACCAGAACUGUAGUCAAUGCAACAUGGUAUUUACCAUUUUUAUUCUCGUGACUGGUAUUUUGUCAUUUAAGAUCCAAUCCUACCAGGUACUGACAGCUAGAUACUCAGCAUCUCCUCAGCAGUGCUCAGAACUUUCUAGUACCGGUCCCUAGAUUUAUUGCUAGAUAAUGACCAUCACCGUAAUAAAUAUUUCCUAAUCAGGUUGAUAAGGAGAUGAGUUUUAUCAUAGGGAUAUAGUCUCUUGUGGUGAUUUUUUUUACUACAAAGACAUUUUUGAGGCAGCAGACUGUAAGUAGUUGAAAAUAAACUGCAUAUAUUGGAAAAUAUGCUCUCCACAAAUUCAUCAGCAGAAUUAAUUCGCUGUUAGUAUAACAGUAACUGUACAGGAUAUUUCCUCCUUCAAAUUAAGUCAUUAGCAAGUGCCAUAUCAAUUCUAUCGUGUUUGUAAGAAGCCAAUAUCCUGUAAAAGUUGCUGAAAUAGUUAACAUGAUGCGAAUAAAUUGUUCUUGUGCCAAAACUAAUCAGUGCUCCAGGGCUGAAGGAACUGUAUAUUAGACACUUUAGGAAAAGUUUACAUCAUAUAUGGUUGAUGCAGAAAUUUCAUUUUGAUCCUAUUGCUGCAGGUCCCAGCUAUUACAGUUUAUUGUAACUUAAAGAUUGUUUAAAUGGCUAUUGGCAAAAAGUUUGUAACUGUGAAAAUGUAAAGAAUAUUUAUACACUUUGAAUCACAAUAUUGUAGAAAAUCACAUCAAUGUUGCCAUGUGGUAAGAUUAGUAAACAGAAUUACUAAAAGUAUGUUUGCAUGUAAUACAAACACCAACUAAGACUUUAACACCUACUGUAUGACCACAGUCAUUCUACUAGCCAGUACAUACUGAUUAAUUGUAUGGCACAGAAUAUUAUUUGAUCAAUUACCAGACUUUUAGCAUAAUGAAACUUAUAUAUAUAUAUAUGUGUAUAUGAAUUAUGUGGGCAUUCUUGAUACUUCAAGUUCUAGUAAAAUAAAAAUACAUAACUAAUUUAAUUUUACACAGAAAUAUUUAUGCAGAUUUUCAGAAUUUCAUAUCAGGAAUAACCUUUUUAUGUCUGUUAGAUAUAAAACCAAUUUGCUACAGUGUUAAUUUGCAUGUUCUCAAAGCUUGCUGUAGUUAUAUUGCAGAACAGUGCAUGUAAGCAUUCUGCUUGGGAUUUGUCCAUGCUGCCGAUAAAAAGAAGACUGCAUGGAAAACUGGUAGUUUAGAUCAAAUCAGAUUACUGAUUUCAAUAUACUAAGCACCAAUUGAGUUGUUGUAUAUGCUUGUACAAACUGAUUCUACAUAUUCUAUAAACAACUUAAAUGAAAAGAGAUAAUUAUGUUAUUGUCAGUCCUGAGAUGAAACUUUCAGCUUCUCUAAUAAAAACUUUAAAAGUAAAGC